AUGCAAGAAAAGAUGCCUGCAGAAGUCAUAUUUUGUUUGAAGUUUUUGAAGAUUGAUUUCUUAAACCUGUUCAUCAAACUCAGAAUAGCAACUCAAGUUCCCAUACCCCUUAAUUUAAAUGAUGCUGUAACCCUGACCGGGUCGUCUGAGUACGCUGUCCCUGGGACCGAGUUUACACUGACGUGUGAUGUACCAGAGGAGGCCACUCUUGUCCAGUUUUACCGCCGUCCUGACCUCACUACUCCAGUGGGUGUUAUACAAGUAGGUGGUGGCCAAUGUUACAACGUCAUAGUCAACCCCGCCGUCCCCUGUACAUCGGAUGUCUGUUCCUGUGCAACGCCUGGAGGCCUUGGUACAGUGUUCCGGUGGAUCAUACAGCCACAGACGGGAGACCAUGGAUCUGUGUGGUUCUGUAGACGUAACAACUAUAACCUACCUGAACAACAACUGGACAGUGAUAACUAUACACUCAGCGUGGCAGAUGGUCUCGGUAGCUCCAUAGGGGUGUCACCACCUGACACUAUAUACACAAGGACAGAGGGGGACACGUUACCGGACAUCACCUGUACAGCGGACUGUAGACCUGGCUGUACCUUUGUCUGGACACGACCGGACAACACCAACUUUACUGUCUCGCCUGUGUUGUCACUCGGACAGCUGGACAGAUCAGAACACGGGACGUACAGGUGUACUGCUAGGAAUGUUGUCGGGGAGUCGACUAUAACAAUCAGUAUUACAGUGCAGUAUGGUCCUGGUUCCUCGCUAGUUUUAUCACCAAUGGAGACCAAGUAUACGGGGGUUGAGGGGGACACGUUACCGGACAUCACCUGUACAGCCGACUGUAGACCUGACUGUACCCUUGUCUGGACACGACCGGACAACACCAACUCAACUGUCUCACCUGUGUUGUCACUUGGACGACUGGACAGAUCAGAACACGGGACAUACAGAUGUACUGCAUGGAAUGUUGUCGGGGAGUCGACUAAAGUGAUAAAUGUUACUGUAAAAUAUGAGCCACAAUCGUAUCAAAUGCUGAACCAAAACCUGACGCUGUAUCUAUCCAAGUCAGAAACCAUUAUUUUGUCUUCUGCAUUCAUCUCCAACCCGGUGCCAUCUUUUAUGUGGUUCUGUGACGGAUCUUGUAAAUGGAACAGAUGGCGUUAUUAUACAAAAUACGUUUGAGGGGAGGAAUCUAACCGCCUUUUCAGUUUUGACUCGGACCACUGUACGGGAGAGCUGGUUUGGAUUAUAUAACGUAACAGCAACAAACAAUCAAGGAAGUGCCAUGCUUAGCUUCACAAUUCGUGAAAAAUGUAAGUCCUUCAUUCAGGAUGAUUGCAUAGUUCUAUGGAAAAACAUAAUCCGAUUUCUGUUUGGUAAUAAAACGUCAGGCAAUAUAAGCUCAAACCAAUAGCCGACCAUUUCGAUUUAACUGAAUAUGUGAUAUAGUACGUAUUUAAAAAGAAACCAGAAAUGCCAACAUAUAUUUGUCUAGAGCAUAAAACAAAUGUGUUUUUUUCCCAACGAAAAUCAUGAAAAUAGGCAAAACUCAUUGUUUAUUGAAUUGAUUCUUAAGAUGCAUUAUUUAAUCAGUAUUUAUUUCUCGGUACAAUGGACAGUUUUAGAUGUUUUAUGCUUGAAUAUCUCCUGUUGUCAAGUUAUUACGUGAAAGAACACAACAUUAAAACACGAAAUAUUGCUGAUAUCACAAAAUGUAAACUUUAACAAAGUUCAUUACAUUACUGGAACGCUGGACGAGCCGUAGCUUGGUUAUUCCGGAAAUCAACACAAGGAAUCCGACACAAUGAUCGUAUAUACAAGUUCAUUUACAUAGAAUCACAAAAGUUACAAACCUGUUCACUCUAUCAAUUACACUCUCUACUACAUAUAUUUCUAGCAAUGUAG